AUGUGUCCAUUUCAAUGUCAGCCAUUUAAACAGAGACGUUGCCCACCUGUUAUAGCUGAUAUGUUGUCAAAAUUAAAAAUUGAAUGUUUUUAUAAACAAAAUGGAUGUCCUGAAGAACUGAAUUAUGAAGCAUUGGAACAGCAUGAAUUAGACUGUCAGUAUCAACUGAAGCAAUGUCGAGGUUGUAAUCAAGUGUUACUUAGAAAAGAGAUCGAAGAACAUGAAAAUAUUUGUGAUUUUAUACAAAUACAAUGUCAGCUUUGUGGAGUGACACAUCAGAGGCAAACGCCACAUCAGCAGAUCGAUUGCUUAUUAAAUCGUCAAAUACAUUUAGAAGAUAGAGUGAAACAAUUAGAAAAGGAAAAUAAAUCAUUGAAAGAUGAAAAUGCUUUUAUUAUGAAAAUAUUUCAGACAAAAUUUGGAAUACAAAACCCAUAA